GAACAAAUUGGCAACAAUUUCGCCGGAGAGAGGCAAAUAAAAUGAAAAUUGAAAGGCAACGUGAGUAUUCGUUAGUAUGCAGUUAACACAUGAAGACUAUGAUUUGGUUUGUUCUUAAUGUCUGAAGUCUCAGUAUAGAUUGAAUGAAAUGGUGUCAAGAAUGCCUGUUAUGUCUGCUCCGCCUAGCAGCGAUCCUGUUGCACAAAUGAACACAUAUCGUUCUUAUGUGUCUAUGCUUGUGGAUCCCAGUGCAAAGGAUGAGAAUAAAUUAAAAGCAGUUCAAGAAUUAAGCAUAGAGCUAGAGACGAUUGUGUCAAAUCCACAAUAUCCAUCAUUUUUGGAUCAUGCAUUGAGAAUUUUUAUCAGAAUAUUGCAAGAGGGGGAACCUCAUUUCAUAUCGGAGCACACAAUACAUCAAAUGCGGAAAUUAAUUUUGGAAAUGAUUCAUCGCAUUCCUACAAACAAUCAUUUGUUACCUCAUGUGAAGAGUGUUUUAAGUCUCAUGUUCAAGCUUUUAGAGGUUGAAAAUGAAGAAAAUAUUUUAGUUGUACUUAGAAUCAUUAUAGAAUUUCACAAAACCUAUAGGCCUCAGUUUACUCCUGAGAUUCAACAGUUUUUGCAGUAUGUUAAAAACAUUUACCGAGAAUUACCAAACCAUUUAAAUAAAAUCUUUGAUCCUCGUCCAACACCUAAAAUAAAGGAUUUAACUUUGGCGAGUCUAGAACCAGUUUUAAAUGAGACUUUUACUAUCACUGUUGUUCAAUCUGAAAGACGAGGGCCAGAUGGUAAUUAUGCCCAAUAUAACCUAAUCCCAAAAGCAACCAUGUCACUAAAAGCUUUAGCUGAAUUACCAAUCAUAGUUGUCUUGAUGUAUCAACUGUAUAAAAUGAGCGUUCACAAAGAUGUGGAAGAAUUCAUUCCUUUAAUAAUGGUGACCAUAACUCUUCAACCAACUCCUCAGCAAAGGAGUAAUCCAAAUUUCAAUAAAGAAGUUUUUGUGGAUUUUAUGGCAGCACAAAUUAAAACAUUGUCAUUUUUGGCAUAUAUAGUGCGUAUUUACCAGAGUGUUGUGAACGAGCAUUCUUCACAGUUGGCCAAAGGCAUGAUUGGUCUUCUGUGUUUAUGUCCUCAAGAAGUUGCUCAUUUACGAAAGGAGCUUUUAAUAGCAGCUCGUCAUAUUUUAGCUACAGAGCUCAGAGAAAAAUUUGUUGGCUCAUUAGAAGAACUUUUUGAUGAAAAUAUAUUAAUUGGGACUGGAUGGACAGCUUAUGAAUCAUUGAGGCCUCUUGCUUAUAGCACAUUGGCUGACCUUGUGCAUCAUGUGAGACAGCAUUUACCAUUAAAGGAUCUCUCCAAAGCUGUGAAUGUUUUUUCAAAAAAUGUUCACGAUGAAUCUCUUGUAACUACAAUUCAGACAAUGUCAUGUAAAUUGCUACUGAAUCUAGUGGAAUGCAUUCGAGCACGUUCUGAUCGUGAAAAUGGAAAUGGUCGGGAAUUAUUGAUGCGGAUGCUUGAGGUAUUAGUUCUUAAAUUCAAAACCAUAGCAAAAUUGCAGAUUCCUGUGCUAAUGGCAAAGUUUCAAGCACAGCAGAUUACUGCUACUUCCAUACCAGUGUUGCCACAAGCAGUGCAGCAUAUUAACAUUCCACCAAAUGUCGCCCAUCAUGGUGUGACUGAAGUGAAAACUGAGCAAAGAGAAGAGCCAAAAAGCACAUUCCCAGUUGGCGGUUUAUUAGACAGUAGGGAGGAAAAGACAAAAUUUGGGUUUCCUGCAUCUCAGGCAGCAAAUUAUAGUGUAAGUGACUGCAGGGGCCUCGUCAAAACUCUUGUCUGUGGUGUAAAAACAGUUACAUGGGGCAUUACAGCUUGUAAAGUUCCUGGAGAAAAUAAUGUUCCUAUGCAGAAUAAACAGUUUCAGCCCAAAGAAACUCUAGUUUUUAUAAGGCUUAUUAAAUAUGCACUUCAGGCUUUGGAUAUAUAUACUCUUACUGUGCCAGCAUCCGGGCAGCCUCAACCAAGGACAGUUACAAUUCAAACUGUACGCUCAAAGGAAGAAAAGGAAGUCUUGGAGCAUCUUGCUGGAGUGUACACUAUGAUGCAUCCUUUAACAUUCAGAGAAGUAUUUUCAACUACUAUUGAUUAUAUUGUGGAUCGCAUUUAUAAAAAUAAUUCAUUACAGAUAAUGGCAAAUUCCUUUCUUGCAAAUACAACUACUUCACCUAUCUUUGCCACAAUUUUAGUGGAGUAUUUAUUGAAAAGAAUGGAUGAGAUGGGCUAUAAUAUGGACAGAUCAAACUUGUAUCUGAAACUUUUUAAACUGGUAUUUGGAUCAGUAUCCUUAUUUCCUGCUGAAAAUGAACAAAUGUUAAAGCCCUACUUGCAUCAAAUAGUAAACCGGUCAAUGGAAUUGGCUUUAAGUGCUAAGGAACCUUACAAUUAUUUUCUUCUCCUUCGUGCUCUUUUUCGAUCUAUUGGAGGUGGUAGCCAUGAUUUACUCUAUCAAGAAUUUUUACCUCUUUUACCAAAUCUGCUGCAAGGAUUGAAUAGUUUACAAAGUGGUCUUCAUAAGCAGCAUAUGAAAGAUCUUUUUGUUGAACUUUGUUUAACUGUUCCUGUUAGAUUAAGCUCUCUACUUCCAUAUUUGCCAAUGCUCAUGGAUCCAUUGGUUUCUGCUUUAAAUGGAUCUCAAACUUUAGUUAGCCAGGGACUUCGAACUCUUGAACUCUGUGUUGAUAAUUUGCAGCCAGAUUUCCUGUAUGAUCAUAUUCAGCCAGUUAGGGCUGAACUGAUGCAAGCACUGUGGAGAACACUAAGAAAUCCAGUGGAUAGUGUUGCUCAAGUUGCAUUUAGAGUGCUGGGAAAAUUCGGAGGUGGAAAUAGAAAAAUGAUGGUUGAGCCACAGCGACUUGAGUAUAGCUCUCGUGAAAGUAUUGGCCCAUGCAUCUCUGUUUAUUUUCAAGAACAUAAAAAUAAUAUAUCACUGCCAGUUGGAAAGGUAAUCGAAACUGCCUUUAAUGCUUUAAAAACAAGCAGUACGGAUGCAUUUUAUCGCAAACAAUGUUGGGAGAUUAUUAAAGGAUUUCUUUCUGCAAAUAUUGUUUUAGAUGAUGAAAAGCACAAUGUUUAUCAGCUGUUUAGCCAUCCCAGUUUUACUGUUGGAGAAAUACCUUCUUUACAAGGCCCAUACUACAUAUGUCCAGAUUCAGAGUCCCGAAAAGUUCAUGAAAUGGCAUUAACUGGGAUGUUUGUUGCUGCUGCCAUUAAAGAGCUACGUCCCACUGUUCUACAAUUUAUGAUAACUCUUGUUCGACAUUAUACAUUAGUGGCUAUUACCCAACAAGCUGGACCAUUUGUGAGUUCAAGAAGACAGAUGAAACCUCAAGGAAUGGACCCGCUAGUACUGGUUGAUGCAACUGCUGCCAUAAUGGGCCAUGAAGAAAAGGAAUUGUGUAAACCAGGAGGCUUUGCCCUUCUUAUAAUUAUUGAGACAGCUACUGUUUUUCUGUCUUCAAAAGAAAGGGCAUGUUCUUUGCCUUUGUUAGAAUAUUUGUCUGAAAAAAUGUGUGCUCUUUGCUACGAUCGAGCAUGGUAUGCUAAAUUAGGAGGGUGCAUUGCAAUCAAAACACUUUUUGAGAAAUGCCACCCCAAAUGGGUUUAUGCCCAUCUCUAUGUUUUCUUGAAAGCUUUGCUCUUUGUUAUGAUGGAUCUCACUGGAGAAGUUUCUAGUGGUGCUGUUGACUUAGCAAAGGAGAAUUUGGAAAAAAUGCUUACUACUUACUGCAAACCUUGCAAAAGUGAGGAAGCGAGCUUAGUUGAAGCUCAAGGUAAAGCAAUAAAGGAAGUUGUGCAAGAAUUAGUAAGGCAGUUAACACAGCCUAAUAACUGUGUGAGAGAACAGGCUAUGCAUUCUCUUAAAGUGAUAGCAGAAGUGGGAAAUAAAACUAUUACUCAAAUUAUCGAGCCACACAAAGAAUUGCUUGCUGAUUAUGUUCCUCUGAGAAAGCACGUUCUUCGUCAUCAACCUGUGCUUUGUCAGAUUGGUUUGCUUGAAGGAAAUACCUUUUGCAUUACAUUAGAACCACGUUUGUUUUCAUAUGAUUUGUCUAACGUAGAUCAUAAGCAGUUUUUUGAUGAGCUUGUUACACUUUGUGAGUAUGAUGAUGUUACCUUGCAAAAACUCCCAUGCUACAAAAACCUCAGUAGUCUUAUACCAAUUCGCAAGGCAAUGCUACGCCUGCUUGCUGCUUGUCAUUACAUGCAGGAUAAAAGGCAUGAUAUUUUCCAGCAUCUGUACAAAGCCCUUAGUUCUUCUGUACCAGAAUUGCAAGAAGUGGGUUACAAAUGUAUAAAAGAUAUUAUUAGCAAAUAUGAUAUUGAUGUUGAUAUGGUUCAUACCACUAUACGACCUUUGUUGUUAAAACUGGGAGAUUACAGGUCAUUGAGUUUGCCUGUUAUUCAACAUUUUAGCUACCUUACAUUGUUAUUCCCAAAGAUAUUCAACGAUAAGCUCUGUGAACAGCUGUUGACACAUUUGCGUAAAUGCUUAGAAGUAGCUGAAAAUACAGUAAAAUCAAAUGAAAGAGCAGCUGUCAUAACUGAAGUAAAAAUUUGCUCUGGGAUAAUCAACAUAUUUCAUCAGAUUCCAGCUGCUACAACUAAGUUUAUUGAGCCUCUCAUUAGCGUCGUCUUGAAAACAGAAAAAAAUCUUCUAAUGGAAGCUGGGAGUCCAUAUAGAGAACCAUUAGUUAAAUUUCUCAAACGAUAUCCUAUGGAAACUAUAGAACUUUUGCUUUCGGAAGAAAAUAUUCAAGAUGAACAAUUAACAAGAUUCUUAGAAUAUCUUCUGAAAGGUGAACAAGGUAAACCUUUUCGUGAAGUUCUUCAGCAGAAUUCUUCGAAACUUGUGUCUAUGACUUUUGGUGUAAAGCAGUCACCAUCUUCCAAUGCUGGCAUAACACCUGCUGCUACCAAACAUGAAAUACAAUACCAAGCUAUAAGGAUAGUAAGUUUAUUAGUGCAGUUUGAUGACCAGUGGCUCUCUGAGCAACAUCAAUUGGUAGCAUGUUUACGAAAGAUUUGGAUUUCAAAAGAAUUUCAGGAACGCCAUCUGAAAGCCGAUUCUGUUGAUUUCACGCAAUGGAAAGAGCCAAAACUUCUUGCAAAAUGUUUGUUAAAUUUUGUGAAACAUCAUCCAAACGAAAUUGAAUUGCUUUUUCAACUUCUCAGAGCUUUCACAGGCAGAUUUAUACCAGAUUUUGAAUUUCUACGAGACUUUCUCGAGAACACUGUUGCUAAUAAUUAUACAGUGGAUUGGAAACGAAUGGCUUUUUUCAAGUUCGUAGAAUUAUUUCAUGAGAACGAUUUCCCUCAAGACCUGAAAGCCAAAAUUUUACAAUAUAUACUAAUUCCAUCUUUUGCUGUGGCUUUUGAGAAAGGUGAAGGUGAAAGAUUGAUUGGAGGUCCACCUGCACCAGAACAAGACUUAAAUGAGAAUGUGAUGAGUGUAUUCAUUAAUAAAGUUAUUGAUUCCGAAAAUCCUUUUGCAACAUCAGAUGCUGUGCGAAUCUUGCUUCUUCAGUUUUCUUGUCUACUUGUAGAACAAGCAUCACCUCAUAUUCAUGAUGCUGCUAAUAAGCGGCAAGGGAACAAACUUAGAAGAUUAAUGACAUUUGCAUGGCCUUGUCUUUUGACAAAAAAUUGUGUGGAUCCUGCUACAAAAUACCAUGGUCACUUACUUUUGGCUAAUAUUAUAGCAAAAUUUGCAAUACAUAAAAGGAUAGUUCUGCAGGUUUUCCAUAGCUUGCUGAAAGCACAUGCUGCUGAAGCACGAACAGUUGUAAGGCAAGCUCUAGAAAUACUUACUCCAGCAAUGCCUGUAAGGAUGGAAGAUGGAAAUAAUAUGCUGACCCACUGGACUAAAAAAAUCAUAGUGGAAGAAGGCCAUACAUUAGCUCAGUUAGUUCAUAUGCUUCAGUUGUUAGUACGUCAUUAUAAGGUCUAUUACCCUGUACGUCACCAUCUGAUUCAUCACAUGGUAAAUUCUGUUCAGCGAUUAGUUUUUACACCUAAUGCUACUAUUGAACACAAAAGACUUGCUGUUGAUCUUGCUGAAGUGAUUAUUCGAUGGGAAAUCCAGCGCCAUAAAGAAGAGCAAGAGAAACUCCUUACAGGGAUAGAUAAGAACGAGAUCCCAGUUGAACCAGGAAAAAGAACUCAUCAGUCUUGGGGAUCUGUCGACCUUCAGGCUCAACCUUCUGAAAGCAUGCAAAUGAACAUGAUGGCAUUGAAACGCAUUUCGGAUCCAACAGAAAGUAAAAGACCUAGAAAUCCAUCAGGACCAGUUCAGAAUGCAUUAGAUAGAUAUAAGCCUGUAGAUAAAGAUCAUGCUGAUGCUGUAGUCAACUUUUUGUUGAGAAUGGCCUGUCAAGUAAAUGAAACAUCAACUGCCACUGGUUCAACAGGGGAAAUGCUUUCUCGGAGAUGUGUUGCACUUUUAAAAACUGCUUUGAAACCAGAUGUGUGGCCAAAUGCAGAAUUGAAACUUGUUUGGUUUGACAAGCUUCUGAAUACUGUAAAGGAAAGUUCACAACCUAAUUAUGGAAACAUAUGUACUGCACUAGAGUUGCUUGCAUUUUUACUCUCAAUUUUGAGAAAAGAAACUGUGUUGACAACAUUCAGACCUUUGCAACGAGGCAUUGCUUCAUGUUUAUCAUGUAACAAUUCAAAGGUGAUACGAUCUGUCCACAAUUUGUUAUCUCGUUUGAUGAGCUUGUUUCCUACUGAACCUACAAAUUCCAGCGUUGCUUCAAAAUAUGAAGAGCUAGAAUGCCUCUAUGCAGUUGUUAGCAAUGUUGUUCUUGAAGGCUUGUCAACUUACGAGAAAUCUACCACUGCAUCACCUUCUGCAUUAUUUGCCACUUUGAUGAUACUGAAAUCUGCUUGUGUUAACAAUCCAUGCUACAUCGAUCGUUUAAUUUCAACUUUCAUGCGUGUAUUGCAAAAGAUGGCUAAAGAACAUCUCGCUCCUCCUACUGCUGAAACUAAUCCAAUGGCUACUGAUUUGUUAAUUCUUAGUUUGGAUCUUGUUAAGAAUCGUGUUGGAGUUAUGGGUCAGGAUAUGCGGAAAACAUUCAUUGGGACUAUCCUUGUUGGAUUAAUUGAAAAAUCACCAGAUGUUAAAGUUUUAAAAGCAUUGACCAAGAUGGUGGAGGACUGGGUUAAAAGCAAGUCGACCAUAGCUGUAAACCAGAGCCCCUCUAUACGUGAAAAAUCUAUUCUUCUUGUAAAGAUGAUGCAGUUCAUCGAGAAAAGAUUCCCGAAUGAUCUCGACUUGAAUGCGCAGUUUUUGGAGCUUGUGCAUUAUGUUUAUAAAGAUGAAACUCUAAAAGGUACUGAACUACAAUCAAAAUUAGAACCAGCAUUUAUGGCCGGCCUGCGUUGUGUGCAGCCUCAUAUACGAUCAAAGUUUUUUGAAGUAUUUGAUAGCAGUAUGCGACGCAGACUUCAUGAACGUUUGAUGUAUAUUAUUUGUUCUCAGAAUUGGGAGACAAUGGGUCCUCAUUUCUGGAUAAAGCAAUGUAUUGAAUUGCUGUUAGUUACAGCAGUUGAUGGAACUACAAUUCAAAGUUCUACUCCAAAUGUGUUACUGCCCUCUAUUACAUCCGUAAUUGAGCAAGCUGAUUCUCAGGAAAGAACUAAUUAUUCCAUGACUGCUUCAGUGAAAGAAGAACCUGCGGACAUUAUAUCUGUGGAAUCACGAGAGGAUGAAGAAAUUGAUAUUGAAUUGUCAGCUUCUGAUGAGAGUCAUAAAAUGAUGGAUUCUCUAAGUCUUAAAAAUCAGGCAGACAGCCGAUCAACUGCUCAAAGCUUUUUAACUAAGCAAGCAAAAUUUCAUGAGACAUUGCGAGAAGUUAAAACAAUAAGUUUUCUUAACGCUACUGCCCAGUUAUGCCAUAUGGAUACAUCUUUGGCUCAGCAUCUAUGGAUACAGCUAUUUCCUAGAUUGUGGAAAAUUUUGAAUGAUAAGCAACAAGCAGCUUUGAACAAUGAUAUGGUACCUUUCAUAUCUAGUGGUUGCCAUGUUAUCCAAAAAGAUUGCCAUCCGAGUGCUACGGCUACAUUUUUUGAAGGUGUAUCUUACUGUGUACCCCCAAUCCCUGUAAAACCACAUCUUCUUUUGUAUCUUGGCAAGUGUCAUAAUUUAUGGCACAGAACAACUUUAAUGUUAGAACAGACCUGUUUUGAAAAAGGUGUUUCUGUUCAAGUAAAAUCUCGGUCAUUGUCAGAUAUAGCUGAUGCCGAUGGCUCGCAGAGUUCAUUAGUAUGCAACCCACUAGAUGCUCUUGCUCUGAUGUAUGCCAAUUUGAAAGAAGAAGAUUUGUGGGGUGGUCUGUGGCAGAAAAGAGCAAAAUUUCCUGAUAGUGCUGUUGGCGUAGCACUAGAGCAGCAAGGUUUCUUUUUACAGGCAUUAGAAACAUAUCAGAAGGCUGUAUCUAAACACAUGGAGAGCGGAGCACCCACUCCAUAUUCCUUAAACUCUGAAACAGGUUUAUGGUGGGAGCACUGGAUAAGAUGUCAAAAAGAGUUGAAUAAUUGGGAAGCGUUACUCCAAGUAGGUUUAUCACCAGAUUCAUAUAAUCCUUUCCUUGUCUUGGAAUUUGCAUGGCGUCAACCAAACUGGACAGCUAUGAAAGAAGCUUUGGAUCUGGUGGAACAGAACUGUCCAAGAGACAUUACUUGGAAAAUUAAUCUUUAUAAAGGUUAUAUAUGUGUAUGCCAUCAAGAAGAACGUCAUUUAAAUAUGGUCGAUAGAAUAGUAGAGUUGUGUUCAAACCUUUGCAUUCGUGAAUGGAGAAGAUUGCCUCAUAUAGUAUCUCAUGUUCAUUUACCAAUAUUACAAGCUGCCCAACAAAUAAUGGAACUUGGAGAUGCUGUUCAAAUCCACCAGGGUCUACUUCCUGCUAAUAUAGGAAGAGCAGCUAGUUUGCAUGAUAUGAAAGCAAUUGUGAAGACUUGGCGAAAUCGUCUGCCUGUAGUCAGUGAUGAUCUUUCUCAUUGGAGUGAAAUAUUUUAUUGGCGUCAAGAGCAUUAUAAAACCAUAGUAUCCAGUUACGAACCCGGUCAGAAUGGACAGCAGGUAGAAGCUCAGACAAAUCAUGCAAUGCUUGGAGUGCAUGCAUCGGCUCAGUCAAUCAUUCAUUAUGGGAAAAUUGCUCGCAAGCAAGGGUUAACAAAUGUAUGCUUGGAAGCUCUGAGCCGCAUUCACUCCAUACCCACUGUCCCCAUUGUUGACUGCUUUCAGAAAAUCCGACAGCAAAUUAAAUGUUUCUUACAACAAGCUCAUGGCACUGGCAAAAAUGAUUCACAAGAGACCACACAGGCUCUUCAUGAGGGUCUCAAUAUCAUUGAAACUACAAACUUAAAGUAUUUUACCAAGGAAAUGUCCGCAGAGUUCUUUGCACUAAAAGGUGUGUUUUUGGCACAGUUAGGAAGACUGGAAGAAGCUAAUAAAUGUUUUUCAUCUGGUGUCCAGCUUCAUGAUUCAUUAGUAAAAGCUUGGGCUCUGUGGGGUGAUUAUUUGGAGCACAUGUUUACCAAAGAGAAGGCUGAAAAUCGUAAUAUUUCUUUGGGAGUCUCAGCUAUUACAUGUUUUCUCCAUGCUUGUCGACAUCAGAAUGAAAGCAAAUCAAGAAAAUAUCUAGCAAAGGUACUUUGGCUUUUGACAUAUGAUGAUGAGCAUUCUCAGCUGACUGAAGCUGUUGAUAAAAAUAGUGUUGGUGUCCCACCGUUGCAAUGGCUUCCUUGGGUACCUCAGUUAUUAACAUGUCUUGUGCGUGGUGAAGGACGUCUCAUGUUAAACAUUAUAAGUCAGGUUGGAAGAGCUUUCCCUCAAGCGGUGUAUUUCCCAAUAAGGACAUUGUACUUAAUUCUAAAAAUUGAGCAGAGAGAAAAAUAUAAAAGUAGUAAUGCUCAUGCAGUUUCACAGACUGGAGGUGUUCCGUCAACACCAUCAAGUCCUGCAGUUUCUUUAUCUGAAUCAUCUGGUGGAAAUGAGUUUUCUACUGCCAGUACACAGCCAACAGAAUCAGCACCCAUCAGAGCCACUCAGCCAAUGUGGCGGUGCAGUCGCAUCAUGCAUAUGCAACGAGAUAUCCAUCCGUCCAUACUAUCUUGUUUAGAAGGAAUUGUUGACCAAAUGGUUUGGUUUCGUGAAAAUGUAUAUGAAGAAGUUCUAAGGCAGUUACGGCAAGCUUUGGCCAAGUGUUAUUCUGUAGCAUAUGAAAAUGCUACUGCUGUGUCUGAAGCAACUGUUACACCUCAUACCCUGAACUUUGUAAAAAAACUUGUUUCAACAUUCGGGAUUGGAGUAGAAAAUGUUUCUAGUGUAUCUACUACUAUAUCAACUUCUGUGUCAGAGUCUUUAGCAAGGAGAGCUCAAGCUACUGCCCAGGAUCCUGUGUUUCAAAAGAUGAAAGGGCAGUUUACUGCAGAUUUUGAUUUUAGUGCACCUGGGGCAAUGAAGCUUCAGAACCUAAUAAAUAAACUGAAGAAAUGGAUCAAGAUACUUGAAGGGAAAACAAAGCUUUUGCAUAAAUCAUUCCUUAUUGAGGAAAAAUGUAGAUUUCUAAACAAUUUUGCUCAGCAGACUGCGGAUAUUGAAAUUCCAGGAGAGUUUCUUUUACCCAGACAUAAUCAUUAUUUUGUUCGGAUAUCAAGAUUCAUGCCAAGAGUUGACAUUGUGCAGAAGCAUAAUACUGCUGCUCGGAGAUUGUAUAUUAAAGGACAUAAUGGAAAGAUAUAUCCAUACUUAGUAGUUAAUGAUGCCUGUUUAAGUGAUGCAAGGAAAGAAGAACGUGUGCUGCAGCUAUUAAGAAUGUUGAAUCAUUACCUUGGGAAGCAAAAGGAAACUUCUAAACGUUUCCUGAAUUUUACUGUACCUAGAGUAGUUCCAAUUAGUCCACAGUUGAGGCUAGUAGAAGAUAAUGAGUCAUCCAUCUCCUUGCUUGAUAUUUAUAAACAACGUUGUGCGAAGAAGGGCAUGGAAUAUGAUGCUCCAUUAACAAGAUUUUAUGAAAGACUUGCAACAGUGCAGUCACGUGGUUCACAAGCUAGUCAUCAAGUCUUACGCGAUAUCUUAAAAGAUGUAUUAAGUAUCAUGGUAUCAAGAACUUUGCUGAAGGAGUGGGCUGAACAUACAUAUCCAUCAGCUACUGAUUAUUGGAUAUUUAGAAAACAAUUUACUUUACAACUCGCACUUGCUGGAUUCAUAGAGUACAUUCUCCAUCUGACACGACUUAAUCCUGAUAUGAUGUAUAUUCACCAAGACAGUGGUCUAAUGAAUGUAUCAUAUUUUCGUUUCAACAUAGAUGAUGCAAAUGGUGAGCUAGAUGCUAAUCGACCCGUUCCAUUUCGAUUGACUCCAAACAUAUCAGAGUUCAUUACAACAAUUGGAGUGUGUGGGCCUAUGACUGCAUCCAUGGUAGCUGCUGCAAGAUGUCUUGCAAUGCCAAAUUUUAAAGUGACAUCUUUACUAAGAGCAAUUUUAAGAGAUGAAAUGAUUGCUUGGUAUAAAAAGAGGCAGGAUGAUUCUUACCCGAAUGAUUCCAAGCCAGAUGCUGAUGGUGCCAUUAUAAUUCAGAUGGUUAAUAAAGCUAUUAAUGCAAUCAGUACUAGAUUACAAAAUCUUGCUGCAUUCGAUCUUACUGUAUCUGAAAGUAAAGUGAGUACUUUAGUUGCUGCAGCUAAUAGUCAUGAUAAUUUAUGUCGCAUGGACCCUGCAUGGCAUCCAUGGUUGUAAAAAUGUACCAUUCUUUGGACCACUCUUAGUGAAAAUACUGCUCAUCUAUUACAUCAUUCACACCAUCAGAUUUUAAUGUCUUGUAAUAAACAUUGUCAUAUUUUGUAAUAUAUAUCUUGCAUAUAAAAUCUUUUAUUAAAAAAAAUCUUUUUUGUGUG